AGAGUUGAGCCACAACCAGCGAAGGAGGGAAAUAGGAUCUUGCUUUUAGGGGAGCGGUUGUCCUCGCAGGAAGGAGGACAAAUGAAGCUCAUCCGCUGGCUGUACCUCUCCGGGCUGGUGUUGGCUGUGCUGAUCCCUGCGGCGUGGCAGGUGGCUCCCAGGGACACGGGGGAUGCUCUCAGAUGGCCCUCGUACGAAGCCCCAUCCAACACAAAGAGGCACUCGGAGGGCACCUUCACCAGCGACUUCACUCGUUACCUGGACAAGAUGAAGGCCAAGGACUUUGUGCACUGGCUCAUCAACACCAAGCGUUACAGGUACAAUUAAACAGCAAUCCCAGGCUUUCCAGCAUCCACACAUGGCUGUUGGACCCCUGCAUCACCAGCAGCAAUCAGACCCUCUGCAGAAGGACUGAUCCAUGAAACAACUGCACGAACCUGCACGGUGUUUCCCAUUCCCCUGCUGAAAUCAGCGCUGCAACUCAGCAUCCCUGCCCAAUUUAAUUCCUCUGUACCCUUUCCUGCAGUGCUGCCCUCCCUAAAUGUGGUUCUGGGGGCUCCCACCCACCCACCCCAGCACCCCAUGGGGAUCCUGCAUGCUGCUGCCUGACGGCUUUGGGAGAACUAAGCUCUGACCAGGGGAUGGUUCAGGUGCCCCUUUUCUCUCCAAAUUCCUCCAGUUUUAGGUAGAUGGUAAUCAGGAUGCGCCCGCCUGACCCCCCUGAGUAUCCCAUCUGCUCAGACCUAUGGCUCUACGAUUAAAUAAAGGAGUCUAUGAA